CUAGGGGUAAAUACCUACAAUUCCCGAUUCCUAGUUUGUCCUUAAUCUAAUGACCCAAGUACAGUUUUUUUGACUUACAUUGAACUAGGUGGCUUCAAAUCUUUAUUUAUUAAAUUAAAUAAUUAAUUAUCUAUUUAUGAAAAUGCUUCAAAGCGACUCUGCAUUAUGGUAUAUAUAGGAUGUGUGAUGCCAAGUUGUAUAUAAUGGAUUAGGAACAUAAAUAAAGGAGCAGCUUACACUGGACAAGAUGAAAUCUACAGGACAUUGUUUGAUUGCUUCUUUAACUCCUACUUUUCAUUCUGUUAUCCUUAAAAAUCAUUCAAAAUUGUUUUAUGCAACUUCAACCAAACCAACAACAUCAUAUUCAUGUGCUGCUUAUAAUCAAAGCUCCAAACCCCACUCUACUUCUCAAAUGGGUGCACGCCGCUAUUCUCCUCCUUGGUUCAGUGUUGCCCCCAUGAUGGAAUGGACGGAUAACCAUUACAGAACUUUGGCCCGUCUUAUCUCGAAAAAGGCAUGGCUCUACACAGAAAUGAUUGCUGCAGAAACAAUUGUCUACCAGACUGGCAAUUUGGAUAGGUUCUUGGCAUAUGGCCCUGAGCAACAUCCUAUAGUGCUUCAAAUCGGGGGAAAUAAAUUGGAGAACUUGGCCAAAGCAACACAACUCGCAACUCCUUAUGGCUAUGAUGAAAUUAAUUUUAAUUGUGGAUGUCCUAGCCCAAAGGUAGCUGGACAUGGGUGUUUUGGUGUGCGCCUCAUGCUUGAGCCAAAGUUUGUUGCUGAGGCGAUGUCUGUAAUUGCUGCAAAUACAAAUGUUCCUGUGAGCGUCAAAUGCAGAAUUGGCGUUGAUGACCAUGACUCAUAUAAUGAACUGUGUGAUUUUAUUUAUGAGGUUUCUUCUCAGUCACCAACUCGGCAUUUUAUUAUACAUUCUCGGAAGGCAUUACUGAAUGGAAUCAGCCCAAAAGAUAAUCGAAAAAUUCCCCCACUCAAGUAUGAGUAUUACUAUGCCCUUUUGCGUGAUUUCCCUGAUCUACAGUUCACAAUAAACGGAGGCAUAAAUUCUAUUGAGGAGGUUAAUGCGGCACUUAUGGAAGGAGCUCAUGGGGUUAUGGUGGGACGUGCAGCUUAUGGCAAUCCAUGGCAGAUUCUAGGACUUGUUGACAGCGCUGUAUAUGGUGCACCUCUUCGUAGUAUAACCCGGCGCCAGGUUCUUGAACAAUAUCAGGUCUAUGGUGAUUCAGUCCUUGGAAUGUAUGGGCCUAGGCCAAGUGUUCGAGAAGUUGUCAGGCCUUUGCUCGGCCUAUUUCAUGCAGAGCCUAGAAAUGUUAUGUGGAAGCGUAAGGUUGAUGCUGCUUUCCGGCACUGCACGACAAUUGAAUCCCUUUUCGAGGAGACGUUGGUGGAAAUUCCAGACUCAGUACUUGAUUCCCCCAUUACAGAAGUGCCCUCUGGUAGUAGCGAUAUGUUCAUUGAGGUGAAGAGUUUGUUACCUCCUCCAUACACAGUUAAUAAAAAAGAAUUACUGUAUGCUUAAAUAUACAUUUCUUUUUUCCCUUUGUGUUUGUAUCAUCCGAUAAUGUAUUCAUUCUUUCAGUAUUAUGUAUCCUAAGUGCCUCAUUUUUUUUGGGAGAUUAACUCUCUCCAGUAUAACCAAAGCUCAAAUGGCCUGUAAAAGUGAAACAAUACAAACUCAAUGCUGGUAUGAACAGGAAGCAGAUGCUACUGA